UACGUCACUAAAAUGCGACGGAGAGUCCGAGCGAUUGUGUCUGUCGGUUGUAGCAGCUAAGUCCGUCUGAAAACAGCCGAGGAGCGGAGACAGUUUCACAUAUGUGAACGGGUCCUCCCUAUCCGUCAGCAGCAGGGAUGCGGAUCCAGCUGCAGGGUAACUGUCAUGCUGCCAGCCUGCUGGCCGAGCUCAACAGCUACCGGCAGACGCGUCAGUACUGCGAUGUGUUUCUACAGGUGGGAAAUCGGACGUUUGCGGCGCACCGCGUAGUUUUGGCCUGUGCUGGGACGUACUUCCAUGACCUGUUCACCCGUGCUCCAGCUCCGGCCGCCUUCUCCCUGGAGUUCAUCUCUCCGUCCAACUUGGAGAAGGUGUUGACGUUUGUGUAUACAGGACAGAUUCUGACGGAUCUGAUCGACGUCGGGGUUCUGUACGAGCUGGCGGAGCGGCUUGGCGUGGGCGAGCUGGUGAAGGCGUGCCACGCCACCUUCCCUGACCUGCAGGCUGUUUCUGACAAAUCUAAAGUCGGCAUUGAUUCGAGCAUGGUCACUGCUCCUACCACCAUGUCUGCGUCGUCUGUCUGCUCCUCGGCCACUUCCUGUUCCUCUCUGUCCUCAUCAGCAGGUCCGUCUGCCGCCCCCUCCUCUCCUCUUUUCCAGACAAGGAUGUCCAGGCUGGACGGUGAAGCUCCGGGUCCGUCUCUGAACCUGAAGGCAGAAGAUGUCAUGCCACAUAUGGAUCAUCUUUUAACCAGUCAGGAUGUUCUUCAUCUGAAGACUGAGCCAGGUAUAGAGGAUGGGGGUGUAGGAGGGAGCACAAACAAUGGGAUGAUUUCAGAGAAUGCCGGCAGCUCUCUGACUUUGAACAGGAAUCCUGCAGCCUCUGACUCCUGCUCCUUCCCAGACUCUUCCGCUCAACUCAGAGCCGAGGCCUGCACCUCGUCCUCUUCCUCAGGGGAGCCUCUCGGUUCUGUCAGGGUGGGGUCGGUGGAGGAGGGCGUGGUGGAUGUACAGAAGGAUGGCAGGGUGGUGUUUGGUGAGGUUGAGAUGGGGGAGCAGAGAGAAGGGAUGGAGGGAACAGAGGAGUUUGGGGGGGAGAUCAUAGAGCUGAGUGAUGAUGAAAACUUCAUGGAGGAGGGAGAUGAGGAAGAUGAUGAAGAUGACCUUGUUUGUGUGGAGAACAGCAUCAGCAGCCAGGUUUCAGGGAACAUGUUGUCCUGUAACGUCUGCUCAGCGCCUCUCCCUGCAGACCCUGCUGCCAUCAGGAGACACUGUGAGACCCACCUGACAGAGCGGGGGCUCUGCAGGGUGUGUGAGGCCUCUUUCGAGAACCACACUGACGCUGUGUCCCACUCCCUGUCCCACGUCGGGGUUCAGCUCUUCACUUGUGACAUGUGUAACCUGCAGCUGUGCAGCCUGAAAAAACUGCUGCGCCACCACCACCAGACUGCCUCCACCUAUAGCAUCCCACAGGGGGCACUGACCACCGGCCAAGCCCCCAACUCAGAGCUGCAGUGCGCAGUGUGUUCCUCGACCCUCAGUAAAGUCUUCCAGACUGUCCGGGACCACCUGCUGAGCCACGUCUGUGUCCAGACCCUCACCUGUGGGAUCUGCCACCUCCCCCAGCUUUCUCUCUGCUCUCUGCUGUGGCACGUCCUCGCCCACCUCUCGUUGCCUGUUUUUUCCUGCCCACACUGCGUCCGCUGCUUCGUAGAGCGCCCCAAGUUGGACCGACACAUGGCGGAGCACGCCCAGGAGGCGGCAGCAAAGGAGCAACUGGUGCUGAGGGCCCACAGAUCGGGGUCAGACGGAGUUGGGGUGGAGGAGUUGCAGUGUUUCCUGUGUCCACAGACUUUCUGCUCCACCUCCACCUUUCAGUCACACCUGAGCCUGCACAGCAGUGAGGCUCCAGGGAUUGCAGGGGCCCCGCGGGGCCACAGCUGGUCAGGCAGACGUAAAGGCAGCGAGUCUCUGGAUCUUGCCCCCUCCUCCUCCUCUUCUCCACUUGACACUGGUGGGCUCAGUAAGAUGAACAGCCUGGGUUUGGGUCUGGGAACUGGCUUCAGUCUACCAGAGAAGUUCUUUCAGGGCCCGGUCCCCAGCUUGUCUUCAGAGGCGCUGACCAACGGGAGCUCAAGGCAUGAAGGGGGAACCGGGGCAGCAGGCAUACGUGGGAAGUGGUACCGGUGUCGCUACUGUGGUAAACGCUUUGCUCAUUCCGGGGAGUUCACGUACCACCUCCGGAUCCACACGGGGGAGAAACCCUACCAGUGUAAGGUGUGUCUGCGCUUCUUCAGAGGUCGCUCCACCAUGAUCUGCCACCUGAAGACGCACGCCGGCGCCCUCAUGUACCACUGCACCGUCUGCGGCCUCUACUUCUCCACCCUGAAGCUAGUGUCAUCCCACAUGGAGCUCCACAAGGACCACCUGCCCCCAGACUUCAAUAUUGAGCAGACAUUCAUGUACAACGACCACUCCAAAGAACCGCUGCCCACCGUGGAGACCUGAGGGUCUAAAUGGAUCUGAGGGUGCAGAGGAUCAUUUAGAACUGCAGUUGAACAUCAUUUUCAGUGUGGGACAUAUUUAUGACAACAUGGGAUCUUCAGAUUUUCCAGAACCCAGAAAUGUUUCUAAUAAUCAGUCACUGAAAUGUCUGACUCAGUAUUUUUGUUGUUAGGAUUUUUAACAAAUUGUUCAGGCUGCAAACUGAAACAAAAGCAAAGAGAAAUGUUUAUUUGAAUGAAGCUGGGAAUCAGAAAUCUUGUCCUUGUGUCUAAACUGUAGCUGAAAUUCAUUUUAUUAUUUCUGUUGCUCUUUAAGAAGGGGGUAGACUUCAGCAACUGAAAAAUCUGAGACAUUUCCAGUUGUUUUUUCCUCCUAAUGGCCGACGUCAUCAGAAAUCUACCCCUCUAACCUGUUGAUGUCAUCCUCCAGAUAUCGUUUUAACCUGAUGCUUUGUUGAGAUCUGAGCAUACGCCUGCAGAUUGUGGAUGUGAGGACAGAACCUCUAAAGAACCAGCCGAUGGCAGUGUUUCUGCAGGUUUAUGUUGCUGGUGACUGAUAGCACUGUUAUUAAAGUAGCUCCUCUCUGUAGCAUCAACUUUCUAAUUUUCUAGUUUUUUUUAUUUUUUCCAUCUCCAGUAAAACUGUGAUGACAUGUCAGUUUACAUUUAGUAUUUUAUCUUCAGAGAACCAUAAACACGGUGUGUUUUGUUUGUUGCAUCUGAAGCUCUUUAUGAUCUUUAAGUGCCUGUCUCUACAUUUCUUAGUGAUAUUUUGUCUUGACUCAUAUUUAUGACAGCUGAACUAUUUAUCUUUUUUAUGCCUUUUAUACACGUGUGUUUGUAAAGUCGUGUAUAUUGAACAAAAUAAAAUUAAGGAAGAGCUA